AUGUUGGAUAAAAUUGUGCUUCUGCUUUGUGAAACUGGUAUCGACCAGAAAUCUCGUAACUUCCUACCUGCUGAGUUUCUUCGUCUUGUGGACAAGGAACAAGAACCUACAGUUUUGCGAUCUCAUACUACAAAGCAGUUGCCUUACUUCCUCAAGGAUCUUUCUGUUAGUCAUAGCCCUAGUGUUAGCAUUGUCCCAUGUGAACCUACGGAAAAUCGCAACGAUUUCAUCCGGCGUGUAGACAAUCGAAAUUGUGAAAGGUGUGUCGUUUGCGCUGGUGAUGCUGAGAGCUUUAUAAAGUUAACCACUAGAAUUGUAUCAGCCAUGGAUACUAUCCUUGCUUCUUCUUUGGAAGUCGUUUCUGCAUUCUUCGCCAUGUUCGAAAAGUUAUUCUGCUCUCUCCCAGAAGAUGUGAAGCUUCCAGUGAUGAAACGCUUUUAUGAAGCAUGGCAUGAUAAAUAUGGAAAUCUACCUUCAUUAGGCAAACACCUGAAGAAUUUCGACAUUGAUGUCACCGAGUGUGUGAAUGGAAUAGGCGACCAUGUUGAAAUUCAGAAUAAUUUCUCGAAGUUCAAAAAAGUGCGGGAUAAGCUUUCAUUUUAUCUACUCACGAACCCUCUACCAACAUUACAUCGACUGCUAAUACAAACGUUGGACAACAAACUGGUCGUGCCUGGGGUGCUUAAUAUCUUCCGCCACUGCAGCGUUCUUUUUGAACAAGUGUACAGGUCGGAGAAGGUGCCGCCACAAGUGAAAUCGGUUUUGCUCAGCUGCAUUAUCUCAAUAUUUGAAGAAGAAGCUCACAGGUGGACGAGUACCGAGCAGCAGGAUCGCUUAGUUUACCUUUUGUCUUCACUUUGUCGCAGGAAAAGAAGUGAUGCCAAAGAGAAGACUAGCGAAGGUGAGUCCGUGAUUGUUGUUCCUUACUAUGCAGGCAAGUCAACGAUGUUCUCACUUAUCGGUCCCCUUCCAAUGUAUCAGAACCGUCAAGUCUUGAAUGCCAAUGAAUUGGUCAAACUGUUUGUUCUACCGAAUCUCAUGAAAAGGUCACAUGAGAUUCUUAUGCUCAAGUUGCUACACCGGUUAACUCGGAUGACCUACAAGACUCCCGAACUUGUUCUGUUAAUUGUGGAGCUUCUCAUGGAGUAUGAACCAAAACAUCCGCAGGCAGCAGACAUCUGCCACUCUCUUUUGAAGACACUCGGUGAUAAGCUAUCUGCUGAAGGCGUUGUCUUUGAACAAGAAACAGCUGAUUUUGUUCUUUUCUCGCUGCGGCGUUAUUCUUGGUGGGUGAGGUACGCUGUUUGUACAUGGUUUUCUCGCACACUUUCUGCACCCAAACAACAGCUUCCCACGGGAUUGUAUAAGUGCUUGGCACUUGAUCAACAGGAACAAAGCGAACAAAUCGUUGUAGACUUUCCGUUUUCACCUGCGGAGUGCUUUUUCCGGUCGCUUUUCGAAUUAGCCCUAUUCGACAUAGAUUUGGCUUUCGAUUUCCUCAAGAGAGGCGUUACUGUACGACCUCGGGAUGAAAACCUUGUCGAGAAGAUUGCAAUGGCACUUGUUGAUACCUGUGAGCGGAUGCCCUACAGGCAACGUAUCUCGUCCUUAGCACCACUUUUCUCGGAGAUAUUGCGGGCAUUCGACCCUUCCCAGGAAGUUCGACUUAUCGAGUCCUUGUGCGAAAGCACUUUCCAUGGCCUUAGACUCAUUCAGCAUCUCUUACUGCUCGCCGCUGCUACAAAACUGGCAUAUCUCAAGAACAGUAACCACGCGUCAGCCAACAGUCGCCCAGACGCGUCAGAGAGUCAUGGUCACGAAGGUGUCCGUGUUGCUGAUGACCUGCUACAAGCCUUUUGCGAGUUGUCGAAAGGUCACGCUGAGAAGGAGGUUAUCAACCUGCGUCGCAGCAAGCUUCCUUUUCCUCCAGAGAUCAAAGAGGAUUUAUUGCCACCUGCUCAGGUCACGAUACGUAGGGAUGAGCGGGUUUAUUCUCAGCUGUCCACUCUUUUCAAUGUAGCCUGCUCAAUUACCAGACUUGUAAGCCAGCCUCCUUUUGCACUUCAAGUACUGAUUAAUUGUCUGACUGAAUUACUGUGCGAGGUGCAGAAUAUGAGAAUAGGUCCUUACCUCGACGAUCUUCCUUCAGAUCACCAUAAGCCUCCUUUUGCACUUCAAGUACUGAUUAAUUGUCUGACUGAAUUACUGUGCGAGGUGCAGAAUAUGAGAAUAGGUCCUUACCUCGACGAUCUUCCUUCAGAUCACCAUAAGAGCAAUACAGUAUACGCCGUCGCACAGCCGGCAGCGAGCAAAAAGCAGCCGCAUCAUGCGCCUGAAGCAGAUAGUGCCUUCAAAAAGAAAGCCACACGAACUCAAAACACUGUAAAGAUAACUGUCGAAAAUAGGACGUUCUGUGCUGAAAACGAACUAUUCGGAACGAUCGGAGUGCCAUGUGAGUUGAAAUUUCAAGCACACUGA